AGCUCUUAUUCAAAGAUGGCGGCAUCGUCUCCUUCAAUACCUCAACUUUUUACUGAACUAGAUCGAUUUGGAAAGGAUGGAAAUUUCGAAAAGGCCCAGAAAAUUGCUAAUAAAAGUAAGGGUAACUUUUCUAGUCCACCAUAGAUUAUUUUCUCAUUUUUAUUGAUCCUAUUUCUUUGUUUCAUAGUUUUACAAGAAAAACCAGAUGAUAAGGAAGCAUUUCAUUGUAAAGUUGUGUCGCUGAUUCAUCAGUCUUGUUUCCGAGAAGCUGUGGAUGUCAUCAAUUCCGCGCCCAAAAAGGGGUAUGUACAUGUUUAGCCUUUUUUUCAGUACUUUUUCAUAAACAAGACGUAGUUUAAUGUACUAACCCUUUUGAAAAUAAUUUAUAAGCUUAGUAAUAAACCCAAGCUUAUAUUUUAAAAGCCAGUGGCUAUUUGUACAGGAACCGUGCACCGAUUUGUAUUUCCUAUUCAUUCAGGAUUAAGUCUCCUCUUGAAAUAUGUAUGAAAUUUCUAAGUCUCUUGAACUUUCUGCCCAACAAAUGUUCAUGAAAGUGUAAGUUUCCUCGAUUUUUAAGGAAAAAAAUCAGUGGCAAUUCUUAAGGAAAAAACUUCAGUGUGGCAAGAUUGAGAAUCGAACACGGGCCGUAGCAUCUGCAGCCGACUACCUAAAUCACUAUACCACUGAGCAUUCGCUACUAAGUAAGUCUUUGAUUUCAUCAUUUACAUAGCAACAACCCUAACCCUAGAUAGAAGCUAACCAUUAUGAGUCACUUAUUAACCCUAAUCAGUAUGGUCAGUGCUUUACCCUAAUCAGCAUAGUCAGAAUCCUAUAUGAGUCACAAAUACAAGUUGGUGUACAGGGCCCAUACAAAUAGCCACUGGGUAUUUUAAAAAUUAAAAGUAUGUAAUAGAAAUUUGAGAAAACUUAAAACUUUAUGCACACAGUCAUCUACAUGUAUCUACGUACAAAUCCACCCCUUACUGUGAGCAGGCUUUUAAUCAGACAUUGAAAACUGGCCGUCCAGGAGGCAUGUUUUCCCAUAAAAUUAUAAGAGUUAAGUGGAUUUUCCUUGUAUUUCUUCCAAAAAUGGGUGUCCAUAAGAAGGCCUUUACUCCCUUCUGGCUAAAACCUUGACCGCGAGAGACAUUUUGCGGGAGAGACAUCUACACUUCGACAACAGAAAUUCCUUACCAAAAGCCUAAAAUCUGUCUGGAAUCUGGUCAGCACCUUCGAUUGGUUGAGGGAGUAGUUGCAAAGGUUAAAUGUAAAGACAAUGAAUUUAUGACAAAAAAGUCAAUAUUCUUGGAAUAUAUUACACCAAUAAACUCAAAGGAAAUUUAUAUUUGGAACCCCAUGACUACAAGAUCAAUUAUGCAAUCAUUGAGUUACUUUAUCAGUCUGGUAUUUCUGUCAUUGACGCGUAGAGAUAUCUGAGGAUUGACGAGAGAUGGCUUUAUUUGCUGGCUAACAGACACCUGAUUUAAUUUGACUUCAGGGGUUAUUACAAAAUUAAAUACAAGUAUCACUUUCAUGUUUAGCCCUGGUCAUAUAAUUUCAAGCAACACAGGUUUCCCUCCUCCUUUGCUUGCGCAUACCGAUUUUUGUGUUUUCCUUCCACUUGAAUGCCUGUGACACAGGCAGAACUUUUGUCUUUCUGGGUAGCAAUUGUAUGUUUAUGUUGCAGUUAAUUUUUUAUUCCAGGUAAUUUUUGUUUUUCCUGUGUUUCAAAUCAUUAGCAUACAUCAUCAUACCCAAAAGCAAAGGAAAAAUAAAAAUUACCUGAGAUAAAAAAUUAGCUACAAUAUAUACAACAAGGCUGGUUUCCAUGUAUGUGUAUGACACAGCCCAGACAAAAUUAGCCAGUAGCCAGCAAUUUUAAUUCUAACAAUGGAUUAUUUGUCACCUACUCAACAACGAGAUUUAAUGAUACAACAAACUGAAUGCAGUUCAGGGAGAUUGCUAUCCACCAAGGCUGAUAACGGUCGCCAAGAAGUUAUUAGGGACCUUAAGAUCAGAUGACGGCAAUGCCAAUGAGAAUGUCAAAAAAAGACAGUGAUAGGUUUAAUAAGCAGGCCCCAGUUGCUCAAACGUUGGAUAGCGCUAUCCACCGGAUAAAUCACUAUCCAGCAGAUAGCGUAAUUGGUUUCCCUAAUACUCAUCCGCUGGAUAGUGAUUUAUCUGGUGGAUAGCGCUAUCCAACGUUUGAACAACUGGGGCCAGAACAACAACUUUGCACGUGCAUCAUGCUUUUUAGUACAUUUCUUUACCAUUUUUGCACGACUACAACUUGAGAAUACCUAAUUUCAUGUUUUAUAGAGGGCAUAAAUGAGCAAUGCCAAAAAUAAUUUUCUUUCUCUUUCUUACUUUGGAUAAGGCUCUUAGGAAUUCAAAUCCAGGAGAGUUUUUAUACAUUCAACAAAGUUUUACCUGCCAUCGCCAUCAUCUAAAGGUCCCUAUUAUCUAAUAGAUAUUAAGUCUUGAAACGAAACUGGUAUUUAUAUUAAGCAUCUUACACAAAGAUCGUUAUUCAUCAACAUAGUAUAACAAGACACGAAAAACUUCAUUCUGGAGAUACUUAAAGUCUAUUGAUCUCUGUAAAAUUCAAACCUUUUUUGUUUAUCCUUUAACAGGAUAAACAUUGAACUCCGCUUUGAGAAAGCUUACAGCCUUUAUCGCCUUAACAAAACCCAGGAGGCUUUGGAUAUAUUGAAUGCUAUCGAUGAGCCUACACAGCAGGAGAAAGAACUCAAAGCACAAGUGGUAUGGAUGUUUUAAUUUUUUUAUAAAAAUGGUGAUUCCCUGAAAGGACACCUCUUGUAACUCUUACUUGCACAGUCAUAUAGAGAAUUUUUUCAUGAUGUUAAGCCACAUAUUGAUGUUCAACAAGAAUGACGUGCCAGCCAUGUUGGUGUUCCGAGCAAGUCUUGUGGUAGUUGAACUUUUUCAUAUAUAAACACUUUCAUUUGUUCUGGAAUGAAUUUGCAUUGAUGCUGGCCAUGUGAGUGAUUAAAAUAAAAUUUAGGUUAAUUUGUUUUAGUCUUGCUUGAUUCUCAAUGUCCUUUAUCUCCUGGCUCUAGGUUAUGAAUACUUAGGGCUAGCAAACAGUCAACCCUAGGUUUUUAUCCUGAAUUUAAUUUUGACCUAUAAACAACAUCAAUAUGUACAACAUACAACACAAGAUAGAUUAUAAUCCAAAGGUCAUUGAUCAACCUUGUUCCCUGACUCCUCUUCUACUCGUCAUCUCUAACUCACUCUGGGGGAUGAGUAGGAAAGGAACCUGGGAAUGAGAUGGGGUCAUACCAGUACAAUGCAUGUGAUGCCUGAAAAUAUCAUGUUUCUUUUCUUCCAGAUAAAAUUUUACAUUAUUUUACUUGUAACCAAUCCACAUACUAUUAGGAUGUUCCUAUGGUGUAGCUCAGUCCACAAAAUUAUAGUUUUAUCAAAACCAUUUUCUUCUGUCUUCUCACUUUUCUCUUUUUCUUUAUCUAUUUUUUAUAACAUUACUUAAAAUUUUUUUGAUUUGUUUUUGUUAUAGCUGCUAUCUAUUAAUUUGAGCAAUCUGUGUUAUAUAACUCAUGAUAAUAUUAUCUGAGACUUAACCUGAUUCCAAAUUAUCAAAUCACUAAGCUUUGAACUGUUGAGGGGCUAAGUUCAAUCCACAACGAAAUAAUAAUAUCUCCAACAGUCUAUCAUCUGAAUUCUCUAGUUUUCUCAUUAAUUUAUCUCACAUGUUCUUUCUUGUUUUUAUUUUAGCUAUACCGACUUGAAGACUACAGGGCAUGUUUAGAAUUGUACAAGGACUUGAUAAAAAAUUCUCAGGUAAUUGCUGAAAAUUACCUUUUAUUUUCCUUUUCAAUACUUUGCUUCAUUUUAUCUUUGUAUAGCACUUGUUAUUGCAUGUUUCCAGCAGGGCUGUCACGAAAAUUUCAAGUUGCCAGGCGAGUAUAUACAAUCAGUAGAACGGGAAUUGUCCAGCAAGGAAGUUCUUUUGGUUCUAUUUUCCAUUUUUUUCUUAUUAAAGUAGGCAGAGCUCAAGCUCAUAGCAGCCAGGGGAAAUCCCCUUUCCCCCGGCCCUUAGUGACAGCCUUUUUCCAGUGUGUUUGUCCUGUGUUCCUACAUAUGUUUAAGAUUGAGUUGGUAAUUUUUGGUUUGCAGGACGACUAUGGCGAUGAAAGAGAAACUAACCUAGCUGCUGUUAUUUCUGCCGCCGCUCAGUGGGGUGGAUUGAAAGUGGUAAUAAAAAAUGGACAUACAAAUGCAUACCAUCGAUUACUUUUAUUUGUCACUAAGCAACUUCUAGAUAGCAUUUUGAUAAGUCAUGUUAAAUAUUAUCUCUUGUAAAAUAGUCUGUUCACAUAAUGAAGUGCUUUAUCUGUCUCCUCAAAGUGAUUUUUGAGUGGAUUUGUUUAUUAUGCUCAAAUUUGAUGUCAGAAGCCCUGGUUGUUUAGCCUAAUCCACAAUCAGUCCAAGUCUAAAUACCACUACAUCUACAGGGUAUACCUUCACACUUCAAGAUUUUUUCUUGUUUGCAGUGUGUUAAUUGAUUGUUUGUGUUUACUAGGAUGACCCAGGUUUGCGGGAAGAUACAUAUGAGCUGUGUUACAAUUCAGCCUGUCUUUCCUUGGGACAGAAUGAUGUAGAAGCUGCUCAAGUAAAAUUAAAGAAAGCAGAAGGUGUGGAAGACAAUUUCUGAAAAUUAUCUACAGGCCAUUUUACUUUAUAGCAUAGUUUAGAAAAUGAGCCUUAAUUUAGAAGGGUCAGCUUCCCUGUGUAGUGGGUGUUUGGUUUCAUAGACAAAGUAAUGGCCACAGACAAAUCCCGAAUAGGACAGGGAUACCCCAUAACACUAACCCCAACCUUUUGCCAUUUAGUGAGUUACAGGGGCUGAUCCGAUCCAGUCCAUUCCUAGUUUUGUUGACACCUGGCACCAAUCACAUAUCGUAAUAUUAAAAGGGAAUCAGCAGUACACUAUGAAAUUAACAUGCUUGUCAAUUUUCAAUGAAAUUAAUCAUUCUAUCAUUGCCCAAUUUGGUUAUUUGUAGAAAUAUUUGCCAUAAGCCCUUAAACAAAGUUCUGAUUGCAAAAAGGGUUUGCUAGGCCCGUAACACUUUUUCCUGGAUUGGCUCCGUAAUUUUUACCCCCUUGACUGUGUUACUUGAUUCUCAAACACAAGAGUCUGAUGGAUUAUCAGUUUCCCAAAAGUGGUCAGCAAGUAGUUAACAAACAUCACAUUUCAUAUUUUCUGCUUUCUGGUGAUUUCUUUGAAGUAGUGUACAAACAUUUGUUUUCCUUUGUUUCAAAUCAAGGCAAGGAACAUGAGACACAGACACAGACACAGAAAUUUUGCAUAAUUAGAUUUGAACCACCACUUAAAUGCUAACCUAGGUUAGAUAUUACAGAUCAUCCACAGGUCAGCCAUUUACAGUGUAUGUGACAAUGUAUGUCACCAUAUUAUCCUUUGAAAAUUGCUGAGUCAUAAUUAUUAUUAAAACUUUUUUGUAUUUUCUAGAGUUGUGUAAGACAAGUCUUCAAGAUGACCCUGUAAGUUUUGUAAAUACAGUGUACCUGUAAUAAUACUGUAUUCACUGUUUUUAAGUGAAUUGUACCUUUGAAAAAUGUUGAUAAGAAAAAAAUAAUAAUUAAGUCAUCCUUUGGCUUAAAGCGAUAAAAAAGGGUACAAACUUUUGACAACCUUUCUACAGUCUCCAGGAAGUAAAAAAAUGAAAAGGCAACAAAAAUUCUAAAAUACCCAUAAUCUGAGUUUUGAAACUAUGUAUAAGUCAAUAAAUACCCUGACCACACUGCGUAAAAUUAUCAAUAUAGUGUAAAUUUUGUUCUAUAUGUGGAUAUUUGAUAGAAUUACAAGCACAUUAAUGGGAUGGUUGUAUUUUUAAUACGAAAUUUGGUAAAUUGUUGUGAAAAAAUUAAUAACUCUCCACAUCUGACAGUGUUGGCCAACAACUGAAUAACAGUCAAUUGAGAGUACAUUGCAGGCAUUGUUCUUCACAAUUUGCCAGAAAUUGAGGGCCAGUUAUUUAAAUGGAGUUUAGCCAGUGUUUAACAAAACCCCAUUCUCACUGAUUUGUUUGCUGAUCGCUUUGCUGUAAGCACCAUUUAUUGUAAAGAGUUUCAUGAAAGCAUAUAUAUGGCGUAGACUAGAAAAGGAUUUUGUCGUCUUAAAAUGACCCACUAAGGAAGAGAUCUGAAGGUCCAAAGAUUUCCUAAACCGCAGUGUAUAAAGGUAUACUUUGUUUUAAUAACUUCUUCAGGAUAUAGCAGAAGAAGAGAUAGAAGCUGAGAUGGGGGUUGUCAGGUGUGUUUUUUGUCUUUUAAUUCCAAAUCCCUCAUGGCUUGAAGUUUUGUUUUAGCCUAAGAAUGCAAUGUAGUUUUCUUCCAACUAUGGUACAUGCACAUAGUACUACAUGUAGAUCUAGAGGCAGAACACCAGUAUACUGUUCUUACUUUAUAAAGUUGCACUUUGUUGGUUGAUUAUAAGUUUAGUAGCUGCUUAUAGUGGAUUGUAAGUGUGGUUUAGACACUUGGCCAAUGACUGUAGGAAAAAUAAUGAGCCUAGAAAACAACGAACAUUGAAGACCAACUGUCUUCCUUAUAAAGCACAGCCCAGUCAUCAGAGUUAUGUUUCAUACCGUUGCACUCUUUUACUUACGAUAUUGUUUAUGUCAUGUUAUCAGGACACAGCUAGCUUAUGCUUACCAAGUACAAGGAAAAAAUGAUGAAGCUCAGAAGCUCUACAAUCAAGUUCUCAAGUCAAAGUAUGGACAUCAUUCAUUCUUGAGUAUUUUCAUACCUAUAAUUUAAAUAUUGCAGCCAUCCGUAGCACUUCCCAGAACUCUUCUUUGAGUAGCAGUAGCUAUUACAUUAUUUUUUUGUUACUUUUCACUUGUGACAGACCCAAUGACCUUGCCUUAGCUGCUGUUGCAUCCAACAAUAUCAUCACACUGAACAAGGUUAGCUAUGUACACAACAUUUUCAUAAGAAUGUUGUCAUCAACUCAGUUUCCAAAACUAAUAAUACCUCCAUGAGAAAUGACAAACAAGUGAUUUGUUGUUGUUGUUGUUGUUGUUGUUUUUUGCAUGGGGGAUUGGAAACCCAUUUGAAAUUCAGUAUUAGGGCUAAGAGACAAAGAAAAUAUUGAGAAUCAGCCCGCUUACGUUAAAAAAAUUCAACAUGAAUUUAAUUUUGACCUGUAACAUAUAUAGUCAACCCUCUAUUAAAUAUUUCUAUUAAACAUUUGGAAGUGACCAAAGUCCAAACAAGACAAAAGUUCCAAAUUUCAUCUUAUGGAGAACAGUGAAAGUUUAAGUGGUCACACAAUGGGAUUUCCUCCACAGACUCAAAAUUUAGAACCACCCCUCUACCUCUUAAGAUGAACUGCGGCUUUCUAAUACAAUUGUUAUUCUGCAAAAAAAGACUUUGUUUGUGGUUUAUUGGUUUUGAGGUAAGACAUGAGAUGAGGUUGAAGAAUUUUGGUUAAACGCCGUAAAAGUGGUAGUUAAAAUGGUAGGUCUUUAGUGGUGCACCCCUCCUAAGAAAAAUCCUGGAUCCGCCCCUGCCACCGUACAAGAAUUCAUCAUUCCCUCUGGGAUUGAAAAGGUUAAGCCACAAACUUUGAGAAAGCAACCCAGAGACAUGUGGCUGGUUAACGAAGGCUUGAAGUGUAAUAGAAGGAUAACUGUAUUCAUCUUUCUCAUUUUCAUUACUAAGCUUAACAUUUACCACCUUUUUUCAAUGAAAUACGUUUUAGCCAGCAAACACACCAUUGUACCAAAAAUGGAAAGUUUUUCUUUUUUUGACUAUGUUUUAGGACCGUGAUGUAUUUGACUCAAAGAAGAAAGUCAAGGCAACUUCUGCUGAUGGUCUUGAACACAAACUGACAGCAGCUCAACAAAAAUCUUUACUGUUUAACCGAUGUCUUUUGUCCUUUUACUCGAAUCAGGUGAGAAAAAGUCUUCCUCGGUUUAAAUUUUGACCUCCCCAGUCCCGAUACGCCACCUAAGAACAUGUCUUAAAGGCACUCUUCACGGGAGAGCUGUUCGACGUGCAACGCGAGCGCGCGUGAAAAUCAACCCACGGUAAAAUGGGGGACUACUCGUAGUGUAUAUUUUAAUGGCAUUAAUAACGAAAUGUCCACACAAAAAAACUAGGCAUUCAGUGUUGUUUCUUAUCUUUGGAAUGUCUAGAACAUUUUAUAUUUUAGAAGCAAGGUUUGCAUGAAGUACGGAAAAACAUACAUGUAUAGACAGUCAUUUCAUGAGUUUGCAACUUCUUCAUGUGAAAGCCCUGUAGAAAGCGAUGCCCAAUACCCUCAGUAUCCUCGCACUUUUUUAAAACUUAUAAUUUCUUGGGACCCCUGUAUGUCGCAUCUCUUUUGUUUAAGGGCUGGGUUUCAUUGUUAACAAAAUAUAACAAUCGAAAUCACGUUUACUUCUCUUUCUAAACAGCUUGAAGCUUGCCGUAACCUGAUAUCGACUCUUGAGGCAAAUUACGCUGAUAGCGACUUUCCUUGCCUUAUGAAAGCUUCUCUUCUUCAUCGAGAGAAACACUCGGACAAAGCUGUGGAGCUGCUUAAGGUACAAUAAACUCUGUACAGGUACUUGUUAUCAUCAAAGAACCUUUCAUGCUUACGUUACCAAACGCUCGACAGCCCUAAUCUCUCAACACUUACUUCAUUUGGGACAGAAACUCUGACUUCCUUUGAACCUGCACAUCAAUGUGGCUUUACAAAUGCAUGCCAUUAGAACGAUUUAUCAGUUAUAUAUACAUUCAUGAGAUUUCCAUGAGACGUUUACUCUUACCCUCAAAGCAAAUCCAUUGGUGUUGCUCUUUUUUAUACUCCCAUGGCUUUCCAAGGUUAGGGAUUCGCGUAAUGUAUAGUUAGCGGCAAAUUUCACGGACUUCCCUUGGAGAUCCUUUUAUGUUAAUAGCCCCAUUGAUUAUACUUCAUUUGUCUUAGCUUCCUGCAGAUCUGAUCGUUUGUUUGUUUGUUUGUUUUUUUGCUUUUUGUUUUUUUUUUUGGCAGAAGUAUGCAGCGGAUCAUGAAGAUACUUCAAUGAGUGUUAAGCUUACAUUGGUGCAGCUUUGUCUAGCACAAGGUUACUGGAGUCCCUUUUUUCCUAUUCUUUCUUUCUAUUCUUCUUCUUCUUCGGUGUCAGGUCUUUCUGUAACUGUUUUAUAUAACAGUAGGCCAUCUAAUAUUGUUUCCUACUUCUUUUGAAGUGUUUUUGUUUAUAGUUCAUGCAAAUUUGUGUGUUUUGAGCAGUCACAGAGAUAUAGAAAUUUUCUGAAUCGUUGCUUUGUAAGGAAUGUCCUAGAUAUUUUGUUGGUAGUUAAUUAUUAACUCACUUUAACUCUGAAGAUGACUCACUACUGCAAAGCUUAGACAACGAGCAGUCUCUCUUUUUUCUUGGUCCGUCGAGCAAAACGCCCGAGACGCGUAAAUGACCACGCGCGUGACUGAAGGCGCGAGACGAGGCGCCCUCCUUUCUCGCGUCUCGCGGCUUCUGCGCUCAACCCUCGCGCGCGCGUGCAUUCCCCUUACUAAAUCUGAAGAAAAAGAGACACUGCUUCCAGUCUACGCAAAGGUUUGUCGAAACUUCUGUCACUGUGUCAAUAACAGUGUUAUUCAGAAAAACGAUCACCCGGAUGAUCAUGCUCUACCUACUUAGUGAUCAGAAUAUUGCUCAGUCAAUCUGCGCAGAAUCAGUCUCCAUUACUUUUUGAUUCAUUCUGAAGUUGUGAUCUUUUGAACUCUCAGGAAACGUUCAGGAUGCCUGUACAACGCUACGUUCAAUCAAAGACAUUGCUCACAAACCAGGAGUGGUAAGUCAUUACACUUUCUUUGCGUCCUCUCAAAUACCACAAAAUGCCAGCCUUUUGCUUCAAGACAAUCACAAAUAUUUAGAUGUUUAAAGAAGGGACGCGUCGGAGACAGUUGCCACCCAAAUAAAUAAUGAUAAACAAAAAGCUGGCCCAAAGACCUUUGAACACAAUUUUUACUUCAUGGUCAUUUGCUUUGAAAAACAAACAAGCAAGAGGAGAUUAUUUAGUAAAGAUGGUGAAAAAGACGCAAGGUUUGCGCCCUGUUGAUCAUCUUGUUCCUUAUCGUAAUGAUUCUUAUCUAACAAACCCACACAUAGAGUGUGUCAAGUUCAGCUGACUUGUUUUGUUCUUUUAUAACAAGGUAUCUUCUCUAGUGACAAUGUAUUCCCAUCUUGGCGACGUCAACGCUGCUGUUGCUGUCCUUGACGAUGCUGUGGAGUUUGCGCAGAAGAACAAGGUAAGCAAGGAAGAAUGUUCCUGAGUAGUCCACCUAUCUCUGUCAUGGCAACCCUUACGAUUUUUUAUAAAUACUACUGUAUGGAGGGAAAAGCUGUCUAAGCGUAGAGUACGGCCCAGGUAGAACACGCGAGAUACCCCAUUACAAUCUCUCGCGGAUCGCUCGAGCGUGCCACUCGCGCGUGAUUAUUCGCGAUACCACCAAAGGGGGUCAUGGCUUGUGGACUAAAAUUCAAGAACGAGCAGCAGACCUUUUCGUACGUACUACAUGAAAGUUUUUUAUUUUCCAGCACACGAUGCGUCAGUCCGAAGUUCUCACACUGAUGAGGGAGAAUGUAGCGUACAAGUUACAUCAUGGCAAAGCGAAAGAAGCUGCAGAUAUGUUAGAGAAGUUACACAAGUAAGAACGACGUAAUUCUUUAUCAGUUGAGGUGUCACUAUUUUGAAACUGCAGCUGGUUAAUUGACGGCCAUUCCAUUUACUAUCCAAACCCCACCCAACACCCCAAAGGUGAGACUUUCCGAGGUGGGGGGGGGCUUUCAAUUUUUUUUCUGAAUGGGUUGCUGCGUCCGCACCGUUGAUAUUUGGAAUAUUUCGAAAAGGUCUUUGCUUUAUGAAGAGGAAUAUGAACAAACGGGCUAUUUCUCAGGGGGCAGGUGACUGUGAUGGUAAUACAUUUUGGGGGGCGGGGGUAAAAGUUAAUUUACCUCUUCUGUAGCAGGUUGGAAUAUUAAAUAGAAUGGCUGUGAUAACGUUCAAUACAUACGUUUUAAUCUUGAGACCUUAUCCUCACCGUUCUUCAGGAAGAAACCUACGUCUUUGACUGGGCGUAACUAUUAACUUUUUUUGUAAAUCGAGUCUUUCACCGUUUACCUUUAUUUUAUUUUUUUUUAUUUUUAUUUUUUUUUUGCUUCAUUAAAGGGAAGAUCCAAGAGAUGUGAAGACAUUAGCUCAGCUCAUCAAGGCGUAUUCCCGAGUGAAUCCAAAGAAAGCAGAACAGUAUCCUUUUUUUAGGAAUAUGAUGCGUCUGUUAGGAGUCUAACCUGAGAAAACAGCCGACGUUUUUGCGACGCUACGACUGGUUUCUCUGCGUAAUGACGUCUGAGAAACAAGCGUAGAAAUUCCAUACUGAUGACGCGUCACUACCAAGAUCUGAGUAGUGCUUCUGAUUGGUCGUGCCUUGAGGGAAACUUGUUUUCACCAAUAAGUGGCACUACCCAAAUCUGGGCAAGCCAUUGGUAUGGAAUUGCUGCGCUCGUUCCUCAGACGUCAUUUCACGGGGAAACCAGAGAUGAUGUCGCAAAAUGUCGACUGUUUUCUCAGUCUAUAAGGGGCCUUUUAGUCUUGGUGUUCCUCUAAACUUUCUAUUACUGUGGUUUUUAUGUAUUCUCAAAUGAGAAAAUGAAAGAAAGCUAAAGCUCCUUAACCGCUGUUAUGAAACAGUUACAGUGAAAAGCUGACACCUCUGGAUGCGAGUUCCACUGAUGCAGCGCUUGACGUUGAUAAGUUAGAGAUGUCCCACAAUGCCUUUGGGUCUCGGUAUGGUCGAUCCAGGGUUAAGCAGGAAGGCCGUGAUACAGAAAUGGAGGAACUAAGGUGGGUUUUGUGAAGACCGCGGACUCAGCUUUUAGACCGGUUGGCUAAUCUCCAUUAUCACAAAAGAUUGAGUUUCAACAAAGUAGCAAUUGGAAAACACGGAUGUCUAGAUUUCUAAUAAACUGAGGAAAUGUAAUAAUAAUAAUGGCUUCACCGUGUUGUCAUGGAUUCUUCGAUGUUGAAAAAAACUGGUGCAAUCGAUUUCCUUGUUUGUUUGAAGCAUCUUUUUCGUGUUCGAAGGGAGUAGGUUUCCCAGAAACCUAAAUUUUUUUACCCUAAAUGAUCGAUUAAGCGCCGCUACUCGAAUAAGUUCCGCGGCGCUAAUUUGGGUAUUUACAAAUUAACGCGCCAUCUUUGUUACGGCGCUUGAUAUACUGAAGAAAUAAGACCUCGACCAACUCGUGAGUUCUCAAGUUGGAAACCCUUGAAACGGGAUUCAUAUAACAGUUCGAGGUGUACAUAUUUUAUAUUCAAUUGUGCAUACCUAGUACGCGCCUCACUUAAUUCUCUCUAUAUUCCCCUCAGUGUUUUACUCGUAGUUGAAAUAAGCGCCGCUCUCUUAUAAGCGCCCGCACCUAUAACAGGGAAAAUGAAAUACGAUCAUUUACGGUAGUUUCAGUGAGAUGUUUACAGUGGUAUUGGAAUAAAAGUGUAAUAAGAUAUUUGUUUGGUGUAACAGGCACGAUAUCAUCGUGAAAAGAAGAAAAAGAAAGCGAAAGAGAGGUAUGUACGCUAUAUAAAGCCUGUUUCCUUACGAUUUGGUAAACAAUCGGCGACAUGACUUAGUCAUGUCUUAGAUAAGUCCUUCAGUUAGCGUUGACCUCCAAUCCGAUAUGAGAUCGUUGAAGCUUAUUGAAGUGGUUUUCUCAAGGAAAAAUGAGCAAUGCGAUGAAGCUUAGCAUCACAAAAUUAACUACCUCGUCGGUAUGGAACAAUAGGUUCAUGCUUCAGCUGUGCGCUUAUCGAGAUACGAAACACGCGAAGAGUUGGAAGAUUAGAAUCUUCGGAGUUUCUAAAUAGCGACAUUUGACUUUGCUGUCUGGGAUCUUUUGAACACGUCCAACUCAAGCAGCUUCCGAUCGUAUUGCAGGGCGUUACAGGUUACACCAUCUAUCAUUAUAUGGAAACUAAGCUUAACUAUCUUACCCUGUUUAUCUUGCUUGUUCACUUUUGAGAGUUUCAUGAAUCAUAUUUAAGGAAAAGGUUUGAUCCCCAUGUCAUAGAAUAAUGAUUAAAGAAGUUUAGAUUAAAGAAGUGUAUUUCAAUGGUCACACCAUAAGGUUCAUUGACCCCGAAGUUAUAACUACACUAUAUGUCAGCGUGCUAGCUCAUUACUGAUUUGCCCUCGUCCUCGCUAUUAAAGCAAGGCCUUAUUCAUGUGAACAUAAGUGAAAUUUACGCCAGUGCGGAUGAAAAGUUAUGGAUGAGCACCAGGGACGGGUUGCAUCUUGAGUGAAACAAAUUCUGCAACCAAUUCCUUUUUCCGGGAAAAUGUCUUGCAUGGUAUUGCCGAUAAUUCGGCGAAGGGUGGACUAACAACGUUAGGAUGCGCAAAGACAGCACGAAAACUUUCUUCGGAAAACAGGGAACGGCUAGAGAAAAAGGUUCUAAUAUAAUCGUUAUUUGCCUUAUAUAACCGGGCCCAGAAUUCGCUUUGAACUCAGAACGGACCUACUGACUUGGGGAGUAAAGGGGUUCAAAUCUAUGAAAAUGUUCCUAUCUUUUCGCAGGAAAGCUACCGAAAAACUACAAUUCCGAGGUUGAUCCGGACCCCGAGCGAUGGAUACCUAAAAGAGAAAGAACUUACUACAAGGGAAAAAGACAAAAGAAGGGCGCGUCUGUAGGUAGGUGACAAGUUGAGACUAAUAGAGACCUUUAGAUUCGAGGACGAGGACGAGGACGACUAGAAAGAUGAGAUUUAUAACAUUUGAUAACUCUUUAUUUAUUUAUUUGUUUGUUUGUUUGUUUUUUAGCCAGUCACAUAACAAAACAAAAAGGUGUUACAAAAGGUGUUGAUUAAAAUUUAAGUUAAUGUGACAAGGAAGCCUAAAGAAGCUGGGAGCUUAUAUUAAAAGGCUUCCUUAAGCUAGAUUGCUAAUUACUUACUAUCGUGGAGAGCGUACAGAAAACCUAAAACUUAAGCGACAGAACGACUAUCAAUGAGCUAAUUUUUCAGAUGUUUUAAAAAAAACAAAUAUGGAAGAAGAGCUGGUUAGUGAAAUUGGCAACGAAUUCCUGAUUGGUGGUCCUCUAUAAAGGAUACCAAAGUGCUUAAUAUUACUUCUACAAAAAUGAGGUCUAUACAUUCUCUCUGCAACUCGUAGUAGAAUGAUAAAGGCCAUCGUGUUUUCGCGCCAAAAUGAUUCUGAUUCACGCGCGCUACUCGGUAUUGAGAAAAUCUCAUACUGAAGACUUCCUCGUCGUAAAAUCUAAAGGUCCCUGAUAUUCAGUAACCUACACCCGUACAUCAUGGACUCAAGUAUACAGUGUAUUUAUCAGGCUUCCUUGUAUUGUGGAGGUGUUGUUUGAACUGUUGUCAUGUCAGCGUUCGGUACGUAGUAGUAUAGUUGAUACCGGUUAUGCCCUCUUUCUUUCCUUGUAACUCCUUCUUCAAAAAAAGACCCCAUAUGUUGGUCGAGUUUGUGGUUGGUUUUCUUUUCUCCGAGCGGUUUUUUUCCAGGAACUCCGGUUUUCGCCUGCCCUUGAAAACCAACAUUUCCAGCAAAUUCCUACUCGAUCAGGAAUGGUACUAAUGUGGUUAAAGAACCACCAAAUGUAGAUAUGUCACCCUUAAAAGUCUUCAUUUGUUUAUUUAUUUAUUUAAUAUCUAGUUGGCCUUCGCCCUCAUAUUUAUGCAAUAAUUUACGCACAGCGAAAUUCAGUACACCAGAACCGCUAACACCGCAGCAUGAUUGUUGAUGGAACUUAGAUUUCUAUGGUUACCCCCUACACUAGCUCCGUAAAUGCAAACCCCUUAAUACGGACAACAAAGAGUCAUGUGCCUAUGUUUUUUGUGAAGCUGUCCUUUGGAACUGUCCGUCAUUGAGAGGUGUCCGUAUUAUAGAGGUGUCUAUAAGGACAGUUCGCCUAACACUCCAAUCUUACUUGGUUGUCUCGAUACAGUCGUGACUGACGACGCUCUUCAGUAAGGGUGCUAAACCAAUGGCUCCCGUCCGCUGUUUAAUAGUUGGUCCACCAAUUACGAUACGCUAACGUGUUUUAAGUUGCCUUAUCUUUCUUUUUACAGGUAAAGGAACGCAAGGUGCCGCUGCACCCACAGAAUCGUAAGUUCUUUUUUCAAAGCCAAACCUUUUUAGAUAUAUUUUGUGGGGCUAAUAACAUUUUAAUGUAUAUGACCACUUGCUGUCGAAGUUCAGACAAACGGCAUUGGAUUCUUUCCUCAUCUCUCCCUCAGAGUACUCAGAGGUUGCUUCUUAAUGCUAGUAUUGGAAAUAGUUCUCAAUGUUGGCACCGCAGGUAGAUAACCAGGUUUUGGUAUCAUCGCUCCCCCGAUAUUACAAAAUUGUGACCAUCUCAAACUGAUCAACGAGCUUUAAUUUUUGCAAUCGUCGGGUGAUCUCUAAUCACAAUCCUUCUUGGCAUAAGAGUCAUACAUCUUUGGCUACAAUGUCGUGGUAAGAUUUAAAGUAUGGUCAAUUCUUUCUCACUCAAGAACAACAUUAUACUGUAACAGGAAAGCCAAAGUCACCUUUUGAAGAAUAUCUUCCGUAAAAGGUUUAAACCCAGGAGUCAUUCAAUAAGUGGGUUGAGUUUGAUCAUACUGGUGAACGUAGUCCUGAAUAGGACUGUUGCUGACAGUGACUGACGUUUCGACAACCUAUGCAGUAGUCAUCUUCAGAGUCAAAGUGAGUUGUAUCACGUCAGUCGAUGGUAUUAAACUCUAGUUAUUGAUCUGAUUGGUCAAUUAAGUCGCGAAGUUAUUCGUCGUCUGUCAGUUCAGUAAAAAAACAUCUUCUAUUAACAAAUUUGCGGACAUCUCAUCAUUGCUUUUAUGUGACUGUCUACGAUUCUUAUUUUUGUAUUCCUUGUAGGUCAUCUAGUCCGAAAACACCCGGAAGUCCUAAACCCGCGUCUCCCCCGGGAACGCCAUCCGCAGGAGGUGCCGCCGCCAAUGUGGUGCCACCCAGACAACAGCAGCCCCAGGCAGCGAAGAAGAAACAGAGACCCAAGAAGAAGAAAGGAGGCUGGUGAAGUCAAAUGACUUGGUUAAUGUAUCAGGAAAAUAAAAUAGCAUUUAAUUUCUGGUCCCGUUUACAAGCAUGCAUUAUCUAUGUAUUUUUCUGAGUAGGGUACUUCUGUGAUCUCUACACAAAAGGUGGUUAACUGUCUACUUUGAAAAAAAUAAACUAUAAACAAC